CUUCUUUGCUAAAAUCCUCAAUCUUGAAUUUCUUUUCCCUUUAUUACAGUCAGCAUAAAAUUACAGACUUGUUUUGUUUGGACAUUCUUGAUACAAAUAUAAUUCAGGCACUAGCAAUCAAGAAAAUUACAUCAAGAAGCAGGAUAUGGCCGCUGAUCUUCAAUUCCAAGAGCAAAUAGCAGAAACUGCCUUUGACGAGCGUGUUACUCCUUUAGAGAAAUGGAAGACGUUUGAUGAUGAGGGCGAAGAAAAAAUCUCUGGAGGUUUCGACUGUAACAUAUGCCUGGACGUUGUGCAUGAUCCCGUGGUCACAUUUUGUGGUCACCUCUAUUGCUGGCCUUGCAUCUAUAAGUGGAUUCAAUUCCAAAGCGUCUCUUCAGAAAAUACCGAUCGUCAACACCCACAGUGCCCAGUUUGCAAGGCUGAACUCUCACAUAAAACCUUGAUUCCGCUCUACGGCCCUGGCCAAGCUACAAAACCAUCUGAAGACGACGUUCCAAGUAAACGCAUGGUCAUACCACAAAGGCCCACGAGGCCAACAUAUGGGGUCCACACGCCGAUAGCAACUAUCGAUUCACAUCCAUCCCAGCAGAACCCUCGAUCACAUCAGUCACAUCCUGCAAGCUACAUGGCCCCACCAAUGCUGAGCAUUGGUGGCACGACAACAAAUGUGUUGUACCCCAUGAUUGGUGAAACGGUUUAUGCACGGGUUUUUGGAAACGCAUAUACAAACUCAUAUAAUCUAGCAGAUUACAGUAGUUUGAGAAUGAGAAGGCAACUAUUACAUGCUGAUAGAUCACUCGGUAGAGUAUAUUUUUUCCUCUUCUGCUGUGUAGUCGCAUGUCUUCUCUUGUUUUGACCACUUUUCGCAUAUUGCGUGUAAUUUGUAGAUACGAGUAGGUCGUUAGAUGAUGAAUAUACAUGCUUGGCUUAAUGUAAUAUGGUGUGGAAGCUUUUCAUCUUGAUUCAGACUAGCAAAAUAGUUAAUCUUCAUCAAGAAACCAGUUUUUAGAAAGUUGAAUGGGUCUUUCCUUUGACAAACUAUCCAUAGGUGUUUUUCUUUUGUCAAACAUGCAUGUCUAAAUUCCAGAGAAUGAGUCAGAGUUUGUGUAGUCAUCUAAAAUGUAAAGGGAUGUAAAGUUUAAUUUCUUUGCUUGAGCUGAAAACUCUGCUUCUAUUGAAAAGUUGUAAAUUGAAAAAGAGUUUCUACUUUUCAAAAGCUUUUGAUCAAA